AUGCUCACACGUCUCUUCCACGAGCCCACGACAUUUGAAUUGGAAGCAUGGGCUAAUAACGUCCAAAAUGACGGGAUAAUUCGAUACUUUGGCUUUCUCAACCAGGAGAGGCUCAUGAUCACCACGAUCGAGGCGUACAAAGAGCUUCUACUACGAGACGCAUAUAGCUAUGACAAGUUAUCCGGCCUUUCGGCACUUCAGGCACCUGUGGGUGUGAGCGGCUUAGUCUCUUCCAAGGGUGUCUUGCACAAGGCCCACCGCCGUCACACGAUUGCGGCGUACAACGCAUCUUGGGCUCGGACUCUAUGUCCCGAGAUUUUCAAAACGGCGAAAGAAGCCUCAGAGGUGCUAGAUAAUAUAGCUUCCAAGAGCCCGCGAGGCAUUUUCAGGGUCAAUCGGUUCCUUCGAGAGAUGUGCCUGGACGUAGUUGGCAGAGCAGACUUCAGCCUCGACCUUGGUGCCGUCGCGAGACCUGAUCAGGAGGUCACGAAGAAGUACCUCCACGCAUUCGAUGUCGGAGAACAAUCACCUCUGUUUCUCAAAUUGUUGCAAUUGUGUCCGAGGGCUCUUCAGGUUUCUGCCGCCAUGUUUGUCUCGAAGCUGAUUGGCAUUGACAUCUCCCUGAUGAAAGGCGUUAUCGAAGACAGCGUAGCUUCGAAGCUGAAAGGUUUAAAAGAAUUUAAGACUGUGGCUGAAGUAUCUCUUGAUGAUGAACGGGAAGAUUUGCUGGGCAGGAUUUGCCGCCGGGCGCAGCCCUAUCUGUCUGAGAGAGCGCUGUCGCGGCACGCCUUGACGGCUCUAGCCGGCUCUGUUGAGAUGGUGUCUAACCAACUUGCCUGGGCUCUAUAUGCAAUCUCCCUGACGAACUAUAAGAUUGUUCAAGAGGCACUUCGGGCUGAGAUCCUCGAACACUUUCCCACCUGCCCAGAGUCAGUGACAUGGGAAGAGUUGAAGAACAUGCCCUACCUGAUCGGCGUGGUUAACGAAACUCUCAGACUCUACCCAUCGGUCGCGCACAGAUUUCGAAUAUGCAGCACGCCGACAACACUGCUCAAUCAGACCAUACGCAAGAACACAAUGCUGGUCUGGCCAACAUAUGCCGUCAACCGCCGCGCUGGCUUGUGGGGAGACGACACAGAGGAGUUUCGCCCGGAACGAUGGAGUGAAGACGCCGUGAGCAAUCGCAAGGGUAACAAGCGUGAUGCCUACGCUUUCAUGACUUUCGGUCAAGGUCCACGGAAAUGCCCUGGUGAGCACUACACAAAGGUCGUUAUGGCCUGUGUGCUGUUGGUGUUCGUUGGAAGAUUUCGGUUCAAGAUGCCACCUGCACAUGCUGAUGUCUUCGAGGACCAUGAUAAGAAGCAAGUAAAGUUUGGCAUUGUGAUGAAAGCUCCUAUAUAUGUCCAGGUCGAAAAGUUAUUGAGUUGGGGUGGUCUUGCGGAAACGAGCAAUUGA